AAAAUCAUCUUGACCGUCCAUUUGGAAUAAAGUUCUUGAGAUAGAUAAAUAGACGGUGGAGAUUAGCUAACGUGAGAUUUAAAAGCGUUGACCUCUCUCUCUUCCACUUGGCUUCUCUGCAAAAAAAUCUUUAUUUAUAUAUUUACGCCAUCUUUGGCGGUCUCUCUCGUCUUCUUCGUCUUCGAUCGUCUCUUUGCUGUCCAUUAUACGAACUGUGAUAUCUCUCUCUACGACCAAAUAUAAUCAUUCGAUCUUUCGAAACUCGUCAUAACUCUUGCCAGAGGGAAACUAUACCAUUUUAGGUACUUUCAAUCAGAAAUCUAAAUUCCACAAAUCACGCGUCGUGUGUUUGUUUAGGAGAUAUAUUCUUAGAGCAGAGAUUCGGCGAUGGUGAUCGGAUUAACCACAAUGCUGGAGAAAUCAGAGGCUCUUUUCGCUUCAGAUCAUGCAUCGGUCGUCUCCAUGAACUUAUUCGUUGCUCUGCUUUGUGCUUGCAUCGUGCUUGGUCACUUGCUCGAGGAGACUCGGUGGAUGAACGAGUCAAUCACUGCUCUUAUCAUCGGUUCAUGUACUGGGAUUGUGAUCUUGCUUAUAAGUGGAGGCAAAAGCUCAAGGAUUCUUGUGUUUAGUGAAGAUCUCUUCUUCAUUUAUCUUCUUCCACCGAUUAUAUUCAACGCAGGAUUUCAGGUUAAGAAGAAGCAAUUUUUUCGCAACUUCAUGACCAUUAUGUUAUUUGGUGCUGUUGGUACUCUCAUUUCAUUUGUUAUCAUAUCAUUAGGUGCUAAACAUUUUUUCAAGAAAAUGAAUAUCGGUGAUCUUACCAUUUCGGAUUAUCUAGCCAUUGGAGCAAUAUUCUCUGCUACAGACUCUGUUUGCACCUUGCAAGUGCUUAAUCAAGACGAGACACCUCUCUUGUACAGUCUUGUCUUUGGAGAAGGUGUAGUGAACGAUGCCACAUCGGUUGUUCUCUUCAACGCGAUACAGAGAUUUGACCUCACACACAUCAAUUCAGCCAUAGCUUUGGAGUUUGCUGGAAACUUCUUUUAUCUCUUCAUCUUAAGCACAGCACUUGGUGUUGCAGCUGGAUUGCUCAGUGCUUUUGUUAUCAAGAAGCUCUAUAUCGGAAGGCACUCUACUGAUCGUGAAGUUGCACUUAUGAUGCUAUUGGCUUACUUAUCAUAUAUGUUGGCAGAGCUGUUCCACUUGAGCUCUAUCUUGACUGUGUUCUUCUGUGGUAUUGUUAUGUCUCACUACACAUGGCACAAUGUUACAGAUAAAUCAAAGGUCACUACAAAACAUACUUUUGCUGCAUUGUCAUUUCUAGCUGAGAUUUUUAUCUUCCUUUACGUUGGAAUGGACGCUCUCGAUAUCGAGAAAUGGGACGUUGUACGCAGCAGUCCUGGUCAGUCGAUUGGUGUGAGUUCAAUACUUCUCGGGCUUAUUCUUGUGGGUCGCGCCGCCUUCGUGUUCCCACUUUCCUUCCUGUCCAAUUUAACAAAGUCUUCACUGGAUGAGAAAAUAGAUUGGAAAAAACAAGUAACCAUUUGGUGGGCUGGUCUGAUGCGUGGUGCAGUGUCAAUGGCUCUUGCUUAUAACCAGUUCACAACUUCAGGACACACCAAGGUUCUUGGAAACGCUAUCAUGAUCACCAGCACCAUCACUGUUGUUCUUUUCAGCACUGUGGUGUUUGGAUUGCUAACCAAACCGUUAGUCAAACACUUGCAGCCUUCAUCAAAACGAUCUUCCACGACCGCGCUGCAGAUCACCACAGGAUCUUCUUUCCACGAUCCGCUCCUCACAAACAAUGAGCCGUUGCUCAGUACCCAAGGCCCGUCAGAAUACAACAUAGAACAGCCGGUUAGCUUUAGAAUGUUCUGGAACUCUCCGUCCCGAGCCAUUCAUCAUUACUGGAGGAAAUUUGAUAACGCAGUUAUGCGUCGCAUAUUUGGCGGCCGAGGCGUUUCACCAGUAGUUCCAGGAUCACCCAUUGAUACUAGUGUUCGGCAGUGGAGUGAAGAAGUUGAAAACAAGGAACAAAACGGCGAACCUUGAUGACCAUUAUGACAUAUCUUUGACUUGUUAAUCGCGUUUUUGCCUCCAGUUUUGGUAUAAUGGGUUUUUUUUAGAUAUAUGGGAGCAUUUUUGUAUGUGAAUUCUUUUUUGUCCGGUUUGAUUUUUGGUUUGUGGUGUGAUUUUGUAAAGCCGGUCCAUUUUUUCCGUGGUUUGGGUUUUGGUUUCGUUGUAAAAUUGUAAUUGUCCAUGUAAAUAGAGACUGAUACAGGGGUGA